GAAACAUGGAUGCCGAAUUGGCAACCCUGUUAGAUCCCUCAACCUCGAGUUAACCGAAUUUCGCGAGUGUGUAUAAACUUUGUGGAAAAGCCUAAAUUUUCCGUGGGUUUGUUUUUAAUAUCGACAGUUUCACAUGAUUUGAUGUCAUCAGAAAAGAAAGCAGACUACCCAGGGGUAGGGGCUACUGCUCCCUCAGCGCCCACCUAUAUCAGCAUUCCCAGUGCUGGCAGUCAUCAGGUGACCAUGGCCACCCCCUAUGCUGCUGCUUACCCACCUCCUGCAUAUUCUUCCCCAGCUUACUUGCCUUCAUCAGCUCCCACAUACUUGCCUGCUUCUUACGCAGCUGCACCCUUGCAACAUCAUCUUCCAUAUGGCACAGUAAGCGUUGCUCCCAACAUUACAGCAUAUGGUGUUCCACCAACUUAUCUACCACAGCUAACCCAAGUGUAUUCUGCCAGACCUGGUACUGUAUAUGUUCCAGCAGCAGCUGCAUAUGAUGCUGGAGCUCGGUUUGAUGGACAUGCAAUGCCCAUUGUACCUCCUCCACCUCCUGGUGUGGCUCCAAAUGCUGCUCAACUAGCAAUGAUGCAAGGUAAUCCUGUGGUUCUUAGCCAACAGAAGAACAGUUUCCUGAGUGGGGGGAGUGGAGCUGGAUUCACGUUCUGGUAGUCACAAAUAUCAGGAUGUGUGUGACGAGUUGUAGAGGAGAGCUCACAAUUUUCUAGGCAAGCUAUGCAACGUUUGGGGCACAAUUGUUGAGCCAAGGCGACUUUAUGCAAUGCAUUUUUCUAAAAGAAGAAAACAAAAACAACAUAACCCAUCUCACAGAAAUUAUAGGGCCUAAGUUAUCUCUUCCCCGUGUUUCAUUGUAAAUUAUGAAUGCCUGAUUGCAUAUAUAUUAUAUAUUCUAUAGCAGCUUAAAUUAUAUACAUAUAUAUUUAAAUGUGUAUAUAUUUGAGCAUUUUUUUGUUUAUUUUGUAAACUAAGACCGUAGAAUUAAAAAGAAUAAAUGUAAAAAGUAGUU